GCGUGUAGUCUGUACUGAGAAGAGCGGGAACUGGCUUUUGACAGCCGAGAGUGGACGUCUUUGGAGAGGGAGUUUCAUCACUUGUCUCUUUUGACCCGCUGUCUUUCUGAAGUGUAUCAAGUCAGCCGCAUCCUCUCCCUCUCUGCCAGCUCAACUUCUGAAUUCCUCGGACUCAACUUAUCCAUUCCAGCUGCAGAGAUGUGGAACUGUGCACGGUUAUCCCUGCUGCUUUUGUCUGUGAUUUGUGUUCUUGUCGGAGUUACCGGUUUUAAUUUGGAUAUCGAGAAACCAUCCGUUUACAGCGGACCUGAGGGGAGUUAUUUUGGCUAUUCUGUUGACUUCUAUCGACCAAACCCGGAUAAAAACGUCAUGACUGUGUUGAUCGGGGCACCAAAAGCAAACACCUCCCAGCCGGGAAUUGUGGAGGGGGGAGCUGUGUACUAUUGCCCUUGGCCGGCAAGCGACGCCGACUCCUGCCGCCAGAUUCCGUUUGAUAAAGCAAAUAACAGGAUGAUAAAGGUGAAUGGGACCCGGGAGCCUCUGGAGUUCAAGUCCCACCAGUGGUUCGGGGCGACGGUGCGCACACACAGAGGCAAAGUGGUGGCCUGCGCUCCUCUGUAUCACUGGCGGACGGUGAAGGUGGGUGGCGAGAUGGACCCAGUGGGCACCUGCUACAUCGCCAUACAGAACUUCAGUGCCUACGCUGAGUACUCCCCCUGCAGAAGCAAUAAUCCGGACCCUGAGGGCCAGGGCUUCUGCCAGGCCGGGUUCAGUGUGGACUUCACCAAGGAUGGCAAUUUGGUGGUAGGCGGUCCUGGCAGUUUCUACUGGCAAGGUCAGGUCAUCACCGUAGGGGUGGCUGAGAUUCUGAACGGUUACUCUCUGAAGGCGAUUCUGAGGAAAGUGCAAGGGGAGAAACAGACAGGCGCUGCGGCGGACACCUAUGAUGACAGUUAUCUGGGAUAUUCAGUGGCAGUUGGGGAGUUCACAGGGGACUCUGAGCAAGAACUUGUUGCUGGUGUACCAAGAGGAGCUCAGAAUUUUGGAUAUGUGGCUGUCAUAAGCUCCUCAGAUUUAAGCUUUAUACACAAUUUUACUGGAGAACAGAUGGCGUCCUAUUUUGGCUAUACAGUGGCAGUGACUGAUGUCAAUGGUGAUGGACUGGACGACGUGUUGGUGGGGGCUCCCCUCUACAUGGAGCGUGAGCUGGAGAGCAACCCGCGGGAGGUGGGCCGGAUCUACAUCUACCUGCAGACACGCCCCCUGCUGUUCGCCCCGCCCACCCUGCUGACCGGCACGCACCUGUUCGGACGCUUCGCCAGCGCCAUCGCCCCGCUGGGGGACAUCAACCAGGACGGCUACCAAGACGUGGCGGUGGGAGCUCCGUUUGGCGGUGCGGAGCGCGGCGGCUGCGUGUUCAUCUUUAACGGCGGUGCCGAGGGCCUGCAUCCCGAGGCCUCGCAGGUCCUGACCGGCUCCUGGGGCUCCAGCACCGGCCCGCCCGGCUUCGGCUUCACCCUGCGCGGGGACGGCGACAUCGACAACAACCAGUACCCAGACCUUAUUGUUGGGGCCUUUGGUGUUGACAAAACUGUAGUGUACAGGUCAAGGCCCGUGGUCAGUGUGGAAGCUCAGCUCAUCCUCACCCCGAGAGUCCUCAACCCAGACGAGAAGACGUGCCAUCUGCCGGGCUCGGACACCAUGGCAACCUGCUUCAGGGUGGAUGUGUGUAUGCAGAUCUCCGGACUGGGCAUCCCAGAGACAGUAGUGUUGCAGGCCGAGCUGCAGUUGGACUGGCUGAAGCAGAGGGGUGGAGUAAAGAGGGUCCUCUUCAUGGACUCCAAACACCACCAGCGCAGCCAGAGCAUCACCCUGGGACAGCAAGAGAAGUACCACUGCUACAACUACACCGUCUUCCUGCGGGAAGAGGAAGAGUUUCGAGAUAAGUUGACUCCCAUCAGCGUGUCUCUGAACUACAGUCUGGACCAGAGCGCCACCUACCCUGGCCUGUCCCUCCGCCCUGUUCUGGACCAUUACAGCAAGACAUUCCACCAGGAGCAGGCUAACAUUCUACUGGACUGUGGAGAGGACAACAUGUGCAUCCCAGACCUCAAGCUCUCUGCUGUGAUGGAUCGGGAGGAAUUGGUGAUAGGUGAUGACAAUCCGCUCAUGCUGACAAUCAACUCAGCCAAUCAGGGAGAAGGAGCGUACGAGGCGGAGCUUCACGUGUUCCUCCCUCCUGAGGCGGACUAUGUUGGAGUAGAGCGAAGACGAGAGGACUUGCAGAGGCUGAACUGUGAGCACCGCGUGGAGAAUGACACUAGGGUGGUGGUGUGUGACCUUGGCAACCCCAUGGUAGCAGAAACUAAUUUGUUUGUUGGCCUGAGGUUCACCGUACAGAGACUGGAUGAUGCUGCUGGUCCUCACAUCAACUUUGAGUUACAGAUUCACAGCUCUAAUAAAGACAACUCCCGGAGUAACCCGGUCAGUCUGACCCUCACUGUUGCGGCCAGAGCUCAGGUGGACAUCAGAGGUGUGUCGCGUCCAGCACAGAUUGUCUUGCCCUUACCCAAUUGGAAACCAAAAGAAAAGCCUGUGAAAGAAGAAGAUGUUGGCCAACUGGUGCAGCACAUCUACGAGAUCCAUAAUUACGGGCCGAGUUCCCUGAGUCGCUCUCUGCUCGAGGUGGGCUGGCCGGCUCGUUUCCGUGACGAGCAUCUCCUCUACGCCCUGCAGAUCAUCACUGAAGGACCGAUCCACUGCAACACCAACAACACACUUAACCCACUGCAGCUGGAGACAUCGUCCACUCUGCAGGACACCCCUGAGCUGCUGGGCUUCCUGAAGAACACCAGCACUGACCGCAGUCUUCGACGACACAAGAGAUCAACCGGCACGGGUCACAGUAGCAAGACCCUGAACUGCUCCACAGUGACGUGUCAGAGGGUGGAGUGUAUCGUGGGCCGACUGGACCGGGGCCAGAGCGCCGUGGUGAAGAUCCGCUCGCGACUCUGGGCCAGCACCUUCAUCGAGAGGCAGAACAUCCCCUACGUGCUCAACUCCAGUGUGUCCCUACGUGUUCUCAGCAUGCCCUACAGAGUGCAGCCACACACACUGCCCCAGCACAGCAAAUCGAUCGGGACGUUUGUGGUAUGGGCCAUUCCUGAUGUGUCCUUUGCCAUUCCACUCUGGGUGAUUAUACUGGCCAUACUACUGGGUCUGCUGGUGCUGGCUAUGCUCACAGUGGCCAUGUGGAAGUGUGGAUUCUUCGACCGGGCACGGCCGCCAAAAGACGAGGACGUGUCGGACCGAGAACAGCUCACAGGAGACAAGUCGACAGACGCGUGAGACGCCGUCUGAGAAUGUGUGUGUGGAAAGGAGAAAGGGAGCGAGAGAGAGAGAGAGAGAGAGAGAGAGCGCUUGAAAGACUCAAAAUAAUCUCUUCGCUCUCCGAUGACCUGCCAACAACCCCCUCAACCCCCAAUUUCCCUUGAAAAAAAAAACUACAAAUCCCACAUUGCACUUGGGCACCUCUCACCACAGACACAGUUGCUGACCAACUCCAGUCCAAAUGUUGUGACCUCAACUGCAGCACAUGCCUUGAGUGGGAGCCAUCAGAUGACCAAUCACCUCACUUCUCUCUUGCUGCUGGAGCGUCCUGUCCAGCUCCAUGCCAUUGGGAGCUUCCCUCGAAUGACGAUGAUGACCAAUCAACAUCCACCAUUGUAGGGAACAGGCUUUCCCACCACUGGACUUUAGGUAUCAGGCGUGACCGUUUAGAAAUAUUAGGCCACCAGUUUGCAUGCAAGCCUAGUGGACUGUUGUUCCUCUUCGACCGGACCAAUGACCAGCCUUUGCAUUCCCCCACAUCCAUGUUGUCUCUCCCCACUGUGGCCCCAGCUACCUGCUUUCCUGCGGUUACUUGUUACUCGCCUGCCCUCUACUGGUCAGAGUGUGAAUUGCAGCGCUGCAGAGACCAAUGAGGGAACUGCUGCAGAGCAGCCUUUGUAGCUCGCGUCCCUGUGUGAAGCCCUGUGUGACGUUAGUGAUGGAUGGUCAGAGUUCAAGCAGGGCAGAUUUCCUCCUUUAUGACACAUUAGUUGCCUUACUGACACAGAAUCUGAACUUUGAACUUUACAGGAUGACUCUGAUGAUGAGUGUGCCUGUAGUAUAGUCCUGCACGGUGACUGUUACACCCCGUACCCUGUUAUGAAUGCCUUCGUGGCCUAGACGGCUACCGUCCACUCCACACUCAAUAGUCACACACUCACAUACACACAGACAAAGAUAUAGACACACACAGACACAUUUCAACAUGUGUACGGAACACUCAGGAAGCAAAUGGCUUGGUUUUAUGUGUCUGUCUGACUUGACGUCAGAAUGAUUGUGUUGCAUGCUUCCGUUUUUAAUCAAAUCAAAAUAAUUUAACAUCUAAUUUGCCUUAAUAAUUCCACAUAGGGUUAUGUAUUAUUACAGUUUGCAAAAAAUUCCCUUUUUUUCACAGUGAGAAGAUUGCUUUUAAUAUUUAAAUGUUGAUCAAUCAUUGGCCAUGCUCCAGAGGACGUGUACUGUAGAUAAAUGAGUAUACAUUUCAAUAUAUAUUAUUGAUAAGUGCAAUAUUGUGAUAACUUGGAUGGAUGGAUGGAUAAAGGGGCCUUUAACACUGGGAUAUUUUAUUUGUGCUUGAAGUGAAUAAAUAAGAAUAUAGACUUGUGUGUGCAUACAUGUACGUAUGUGAGUGAGUAUGUAUGUAUGUACUACUGUAUGUCUGUGAGCAUGAGUGUCUGUGUGCAUGUGUUGUUUCAAUGAGAGUGAGUCAGGCUUGGUUCCUGGCUCGUCUUCUGUAGAUAGAUACUGAUUAAAAAAAAGGGAGUGGUCUGUCAUACACAGGACUGUCUCAAGCUGGACUUCAGAGGGGAUAUUUAUUUCACCUUAAAAUGAUUAAAAGAAAAACACCCGCUUUGAAUUAUCUCCCUUCUUUUGGCCAUUUAAAGAUUUUAAAUCCCAAUUCUAUUUCUAAUUGUCUAUCCUCACACACUUUUUGUCAGAUAUUUUGCCUGUUUAUUGUAUUGUAACACAAUUCUUUUGAGUUUGCUGGCAUUGCUGGACAGAUUUUCUAUCGAAAUAAAGUCAUUUGAAAU